GUAGCGUAUCAGUAUAACAGCAUCUCUAACAGUUCACCUGAUCAUUCUGAUUCGGCACCAGCCGAAAUCAUCCAGACUAACUGUAGACACCAACCGACAGAACUCAUCUAACAAUUACCGAGGAUUGAAGACGGAGUUUGAGCACCGGGCUUCUCUUUUCGACGGAGUCACAUUCCAACAUGUGGAAGGAAAUUCUGCUGUGCCUCUGUGGCAUUACAACACUCGCCUUCGCAUCUCCAGUGGCCCCAGCGAAGCAGACCCAUCGCGCCAAGCGGGCCGUCCCGGCCUUUGUGGCAUCCGCCGCCAAGGAUGUGGGCGGGAAAGUGGUGGAGGCGCUCGGGGAUAGGAUCGCGGAGGGAGUCGUGGAGAACCAUCAGGAAAAGGUCAUUGGAGCUCUGGAGGACUACUUCUCAGGACAGUUCGACAAGGCCGACGAAGAGUUCGACAAAGUCAUAGCUCGGGGCGGCGACCUCCUAGCGGGCGUCGGCGGCGAUGUUGAGCAGGCUACAGUGAAGGUUAUUCACGGCAGGGGCACAAACACAGGAGACACAUACUCACCGGCUGGUUACGAAGUCCGCAUGGACUUUGACAGAGAAGAUGACGGUGACGGUAGCGACCAAGACAGUUCCGAUGGCAUGUCGCCAGCAAUCUAUCCAAUGGGAGUUGGGCCUAUGCUGAUGAACGGCUGCUUCCAAACCAACUAUGCAGAAGGAGACCCAUGUUACGAGGCUUUUACGCCGAUAGAGGCCUGCGCUAAUAUCAUCGACGGCGCGACUUUCCUGGGAGUUGGGUUUGACGGCCGAGGCGAAUACUCGACCGAUUCUAGGAAGAAGAGCCUCAUCCAGCGGUCCUGCGAUGGUCUGCAGGGGUACAAAGAUUAUCACGUGCCAGACACCAUGACCGUACAAGGCAUCUACAACACCGACAUGGAGACCUACAGCUUCAGCUCUGUGGAGGAAUACAGACAGUACCUGGAGGACAAGUCUGCCGUAACGGCUGCUAAAGCCAUGUUCCAGCAGGAGAUGAACAAGGCGUCAGGCCACGGGGGAGGCGGGGGCGCCUUCGGGCUGGUCUUUUCUGCAGGAGGCGGCGGCUCGUCGCAGUCUGGUAACGACUUCCAAACGUCCGGUUUCCAAGCCAACUCACAAGCGAGCGCUCAACUUACGGAGACCUCAACCCGAACGUUCAUGGCUAUGAUGGAGCUUAACGUAUUCAGGUAUGAAAUUUUCCUCGACUUCGUUGCCCCUGAAAACCUGAACCUGGCAUUCCUGCGUGACUUCUUGAAUCUACCGGAGACAUAUUUUGCUAUAGGAGCGGACAGGGCAUUCCAAAAAUUCAUUUUGCGAUGGGGGACGCAUUACAUAUCAUCGGCCAAAUUCGGAGGACAACUGAAAAUCAUCAAAACCAAGGAAGCAUCUUCUGAAGACUCACAGCGGGUCUUCUCGACCGCAGCCCAGGCCGACUUUAAGAUGCUGUUCAGUACCUACUCCGCCAAGCAGACCCAGACGAAGUCCAGCAGUUGGUGGCAUGACCACGAGACGACGGAGGAAACAGCCAGGUCAUCGGGGACAUCGACCAGCAACACCGCUUCGUCUGAAAGCCUCAAUGAGCAAUCGAGUCUGUCUGAAUAUGAGUUCAGCAAUGAAGUCAUGGAGGUGCAGGGAGGGAACCAACUGAUCGCCGCCGCCAUCACCGACUUCUACACAACAUCAUUCGGAACUACUCUAAAGGACUGGCUGGAAUCUAUUGAGGAGUAUCCCAAGGCCUUCGAGUUUCGGAUGCUCUCCCUCACCGACCUGCUGGACAUGAACUACGAAUCCUUUUUUCCUCACGGAGUUGUGGACUUCGGCUGCUUUGGAAGGAAAACCCUGUCUGAAGACGGAACUGGUCGCAGGUACUACGUUGAAGACACGGUUGAGGGAAACUCCACCACAUCCGUGAUCCGCUACUGCGACUUCGAAGAGCAGAGCGAUGUUGAGCGGGCCCUCACCGAGAGACGGCUGGCGCUCAAUCGUGCCAUUGCUGUGUACCUAGAGGAGGGUCCUUUUCUUAGCUCUGACUUCCAAAUCCCGGCCGGAGAACCCGGAUGUGAGACUUCCGAUUUGGUCCUUCUCGACGAUUCCACCGCCGGAGCACCCAGCUGGCAGGAGAUGAUCAGCGGACAGGAGUUCAAGGUCGUUUUCAGCAUGCCGUACGACAUUCCGCGUUUUCUCCUCGCCAGGUCUUCUAUUCUCUUGAGGUUCAGGUCCGGAGCCGACAAAUGGCUGACCAUCAGGGAAGGCCGUGCCGCCAAUUUGUUCGACGGACAUCGAAAUGGCAACAGUGGUGACAUCACUCAACAUAAGGUUAGUGUUGGUGGUCUAGUCAUGACGUACAGUGAGACAACGGGCACCUUUACCGUGACGCAAGAGGACUACGAUGCAUCAGCUGCAGCAAUCCUGGACCUGCCUACUUGGUUGAGCGGCAUGGAGAUAGCCAGGGCGGAGUACAAGUCACUUCUGGAACAGCUCAGCCACCAGCAAAGUUCUAGGGGUCAAAUGCCUUGUAACCUACAGUGGUCCAACUCCCAUCGCAUCGACGCGACCGAUGGAGGAAAGUGCAUUCACUUCACGGCAGCGUCUGAGGGGGACAUCUUCCUGGUGUUUGCCGGCGUUCCCAAAGACCAUCAGACCUGGCUCACCGUGGAGAUCUCUACCAGUGGUGUGGCCAUAUAUAAGGCUAUGCGGUUGGCCGUGACACAGCUUGACAAGGGAGCCAAAGGCCUGGGAUCGGACACGCUGUACCAGUCCUACUUUGUCUGCGUCACGGAGGACACAACAGAAUCCUCAACAACAGUACAAUUUGGAAAGACGCCUGACAACGAGGACCGCGGACAUGUCUGGCUGGACUAUCAGUUCCACGAUGUCCUGUCUCUGCACUACUACGCGUUCGGCAGUGGCGAGCACGCCGUGAAGAUGAUGGGAGUGUCUCAGAUAUACAAACCCACAGACCUGAACGUCGUCUGCCGUGAGGGGACAGUCAAAGAAGGCGACAGAUGUGUUCAAGUCUGCCAUGCUGAGUGUGAAGGCUGCAGGACAACGGGAUCCGACGACCCACGUGACUGUGUCUCGUGCAAGAAUGUGAGAAUCGCCUACCCGUACCUCGCUGGCUCCGUUGGUGAUUUCGAGUGCGUGUCAGCCUGCCCAGCACACAUGGUCCUGGCCUCGGGGACAACUGAUUGCCAAUGUAUAAAGAGGAUGGCGGAAGACGCUGGCGGCAUAGUGACGUGUGUAACUGACUGUCCUCUCACCCACUUUGACGAUAGCGGAGUGUGCAGGAGAUGCAGUAGUCUUUGUACCGACGUGAGUGGAGCCGGCCAGGCGGUGUGUACGGGGCCCGCGGCGGAACAGUGCACGGCGUGUGUCUACACGGCAGCAGAUGGAAGCUGCUUGGACGGAUGUACUCCUGGACAGAAAGCCGUUCCUAGUGCGUUUCCAGGGUACACAGAGCGAAGUGGAACCUGGUACAAGGUUGUUGCGGUGAGCAUGACGUACGACGCUGCUGCCCAGACCUGUGCCGCAGAUGGAGGCCGUCUUGCCGUUGUGAAGUCACAGGAUCUGCAGGACUUCCUUGUCGCUAUGAUUGCGGAGGUUAAUGCUGGUCCAAAUUACUGGAUUGGACUUCGGCAAAUGACAGGAGGGUGGACAUGGUCUGAUGGAACAGCGGUUAACAGUGGCUUCACCAACUGGGCACCAGGAGAGCCCAGCGGUGUACAGCAAUGUGUGCAACUCUGGCAGGCUGAAGGCUUCAAAUGGGACGACACUAACUGCGAUUUUCAAAAGCCCUUCGUCUGUCAAAUAGGAAGCGAAAGCCGUGAGUACAUCAGCCUGGGUUGCUGGAGGGACACAGAUGACCGCGCCAUUCCGACACUCGAGGGGACAGAUCCACGCCUGGACGGAGACUACGAGUCACGAGAAAACCCCAUAGAGAAGUGUUACCAGGUAGCACUUUCUCGUGGCUUUCCGGUGUUUGCUCUACAAAAUGGCGGUUGGUGUGCUGGGUCUGCUGAUGGGCUCAACACGUACGACAGGUACGGUCCUUCCACAACCUGCGCAUCGGACGGCGAGGGCGGGCCUCGUGGAAAUGAAGUAUACAAGAUUUCAGGCAACACGCUUACUUGCGAGCCAUGUCAACCUGGUUACAAAUGUGUGAAUGGGGACGAGGAAGGGGGUAAAUUUGCCAUGCCUUAUUUGAGUUGGAGGAGAUUUGCCCUUCGGGGACCCAGAGCAGGGCGGACGGGACGGGCGUGUGAUGCGUGUGCCGUUGGCGAGUUCAGCGCUACGGACGGUUCCGCAACCUGCCAGCCAUGUCCGGCCGGACGGUUCAACACAGAGAGUGGAGCAACCAGUUGCCAGCCCUGCGCAGCAGGACAGUUCAACCCCAACACAGGGGCUGCCAGCUGCCAGGACUGCCCGGCAGGAAGGUACAGCUCCAGCGGGGCCGCGUCCUGCUCGGCCUGUCCAGCGGGACAGUACAGUUCCAACAGCGGUUCUACCAGCUGCCUGGUCUGCGGCACUGGACUGACUAGCAGUGCAGGCGCAACGAGUUGCACCGAUGUCAACGAAUGUGCGUCGAACCCGUGUCAGAAUGGCGGGGACUGUGUACAGGCUGAUGGGACUGGCCGCUAUGACUGUUCCUGUCCUGCCAGAUUUGAGGGCGUGAACUGUGAGACUAUCAAGUACACGCACUUUGGGUGCUUUGUUGCAUCAGGCGGCCUGUGGCUUGUGUAUCAAGCCAUGCAAUCACUCGAGGGGUCAGAUUCACGUCUCGACGGUGAUUACAGCACCCGCCAUGAUGCCCUGGAGAAGUGUUACCAGGUCGCGCGGUCUCGAAGCUUCAGCGUGUUCGGCCUUCAGAAUGGAGGCAUGUGUGUGGGACGAGUCGACUCACACACUACGUUCGACCAGUACGGGACAAGCACUGAUUGCGCCAGUGACGGCGAAGGUGGACCCAAUGCAAAUGACGUCUAUGCUCUCGGGACUACAGCUGUACGACUUGUUGCGGGAAGUACGGCCUACGAAGGCAGGGUUGAAGUCUUCCAUAACGGUCAAUGGGGUACCGUCUGUGACGACAGCUUUGGCAUCGACGACGCCAAUGUUGUGUGCCGUCAGCUGGGGUACGGAAGCGCUACCGAGGCCCGAGGAUCAGCAGGCUUUGGGGAAGGGUCCGACCGGAUCUGGCUGGACGACGUGGUCUGCGGGGGUUCCGAGACAAACAUCGGUGACUGUGGCCACAACGGGUGGGGCACACAUAACUGUCAGCACAGCGAGGACGCCGGCGUGGUCUGCUCUAACGACGGACAAAUCCGACUUGUGGGCGGAAGCACGGCCAACGAAGGCAGGGUUGAAGUUUACCAUAACGGAGAAUGGGGUACCGUCUGUGACGACAACUUUGGCAUCGACGACGCCAAUGUUGUGUGCCGUCAGCUGGGGUACGGGGGCGCUGCCGAGGCCCGAGGAUCAGCAAGUUUUGGGGAAGGGUCCGACCGGAUCUGGCUGGACGAGGUGGCCUGCGGGGGUUCGGAGGCAAGGCUCGUUGACUGCGGCCGCAUCGUGUGGGGCUCACAUAACUGUCAGCACAGCGAGGACGCCGGAGUGGUCUGCAGUUAAGCCGGACGACCACCGCUCCCACUGACUGGAGUUCACUUGCUGAAACACUGAGGACCUCGCGAACGAGCCGUCCCCACUUCCUUUUCGUCGUGUUUUAUAAUCUGUUCCAUUUCCAGGUUGCCAGUUCUGGUUCUGUGCAUCCCAAAUAUAUCCAGUGUACUCAUUGAUACCCCUGUCACAUUAUCCACGAUCUUCGGGCGUAUCGAUGGAGCAUCGGCCAUAUGUCGACAGACGGUUGCGGUAUCUUUCACCUGACAAACGUCCCAGUCACAUAUAAGCCAUACUUUGUACCGUGUACACUUGUUGUGCAAUAACGUUAUUAUUAUAAGCGAGGCUCGAGCGAUUGCCGCAGAAUCGUCGUCCAAUCGAUUUUUGCCAAAUGUGACAGGGGUAUAAGGAACAGGAACUAAAGACAGCACACCACCUUUGUUAACACACAACAUAUCCCAACCAAAAUCUCAACUCAACAGUCGUUACUUGGAAAUGGAGUAAAUAUGAAAUAUGAUGCAAUAUAGUGUAAGUUACACGAUAUAUAAUAAGCCUAUAGAAUUUAGUGCACCAUUUCUUCUUUCUUUCGUCUUCUACACUAUAAGCAAAUUCACUACAAUAACAAUAAAGGGAAAUCAUCAUAUAGAUAACAGUGACAAGAAAACUUGGCCAAAGAUAUGAUACGCCCCACACCCCCGUACAGAAACCAACGAACAACUUUAUUAGAUUUGAGAACAAACUAUUUCAUUUAUUGGAUGACAAUAGGCAGGGGGGGGGGGGUUCUAUCAGAGCUCUGCUGUGUCACAUGACCUGUGUGACCUUUUACUUACAGGUCACAGGACGACCAUAUCCUGAUCUCGAGCUAACGAAAAAAAUGGCAGAUGAUGUCUCAAAAAUCUUUAAAUGAUAUCAAUAAUCCUUUCAUUUCAAGGUCUUCGAAUGAUCUUACAAUGUUCUUCAGUGUAUUCCAAUGAUAUCUCGGCUAUCUUUCACUGAUCUCAAUUGAACAGACUAUGAACGGAAGAAAAUGCAUUAACUUCGAUGGGCAUCACGGCAACUGCAAUACAAUGUUGGGCUCUGAAAUGUUAAAUGUGUGAGAAAACCGUAAGCAUGCAAAAUUAUUAAAAGCACUAUAAGUAAUUAGACGUACAGGAGACAAAAAUAUCAUGAACUGGAUAGUUAAAAAAGCUGCUAGCAAAAGCAAAAUAAUAGAAUCGGUUUGAUAGGCUAGGUCAAGAAAAACCAAGUAUCUUCACAAUUUGAGGUACGACCAGAAACACUACAGAAACAUAAUUACCUUGUUGGCGAAGAUAAACAUUGAAACUUCAGUGACGUGGCAGGCCCAGCAUUGUGUUUUAGCGUAAGCCCCGGCAGAAUCUCAUUAACCAGGGCGUAACUUAAUCUUUCAAUUCUUAUUUACGAGACAAUUACACGACAUUUGUCAUGAAUAUUAUCUCAAUUUUAAUAACUAGUCGGCGGCAUGGUUACUCCAUGACGACAAUUGUCCGACAGCUCGUCACCGUGUUGCCUAUUUGUAGCUCUCAGGCAUACCUGCUUUUCAACCAUAUCUACACGUCAUGAAGUCAUAACUAGUCAAGCAAGAGCAUAAACAUCCUGACAUCAUAGAUCUUCAUAGCCAUCAGUAUAGAUAUCCUGACGUCAUAGCUAACAAUAGUAAGCAUUAUAGACAUGCUAAAACAACAAUAAUCAUAGCUACGUCAACGUUUAGUUCGACAUUUAGUUCUUCAACUUACAUAUUAAUUUGGUGUUAGACGAAAAGUGAAUAAAACGAUAAAUGCUUUGAAAUUCUUACAUUAAAAGCAGACGAAACAUUGUGUAGUUUUAUAGUUGAGAAGCUCGUAGUUUACACCUGAUAAGGAUUACGGAUGUUUUAAACAUGUUUACUUUAAAAUUGUUAUUUUAAGUUACUUAUUUUCGUAGAAGCCAACUUACAACUUGGCAUUACAGAUAUUCCGAUGUCUAAAGCAACAAUAUCAACCAAUUUCAAACAUAACAAUAAACAUACACAUAACAAUAACAAUAACAAAUGCAGUACAUUCUUAUAUCAAUGUAAUUGUACUUAUGCUUUAUCACCAUGACCUGUACUUAUCUUGUAAUCUUGGGCGUAAACGUACAAUAAAUGUAUUUCACUAAACAAUCUAUCGGCAUCUUAGCAGGAUAUAUACAACCCCGAAAACUACUAUAAAAUCACUUACUAUGCCCGUGCCAGACCUUGUAUACAGUCAAUAACUACACUAUGGAACAAA